UUGAAAAAAUUCCCUAUCUUAAGUAUUUGGGAGUAAGUGCUAUUUGGUUGACUCCGAUUUACCCUUCACCUGCAUUUGACUUGGGUUAUGACGUAUCGGAUUACAGAGGAAUCGAUGAAAUUAUGGGCACCAUGGAAGAUUUAGAAGAGUUAGUAAAUAAACUCCACGAAAACGGAAUCAAAAUUAUUCUUGAUAUUGUACCUAACCAUACAAGUUAUAAACAUGAAUGGUUUCUUAAAUCAGUACAAAGCAUAGAACCUUAUACUGAUUAUUAUACAUGGGCAGAUGCAAAAUAUGUAAAUGGAACCAGACAAGCCCCGAAUAAUUGGGUGUCAGUAUUUGGAAAUAGUAUGUGGGAGUGGAAUGAAAUCCGGCAGCAGUAUUACUUACACCAGUUCUAUAAAGAACAACCUGACUUAAAUUUUUGGAAUCCAUUAGUCCGCCAAGAAAUACAAGACAUAUUACGCUUCUGGUUGGAUAAAGGUAUUGACGGAUUUCGAAUGGAUGCUAUUCCAUUCCUAUACGAGAGACAGGAUUUAUUGGAUGCUCCUAUAUAGGAAAAUGGAGAACUACAAAAAAUUGGAUAUACUCAAGCAUUAGAUGAAUGUUUUUAUGAAGUAAAUGACUGGAGAUCUUUAUCAGACGAGUAUAAGAAAAAUAAUGGUCAAACAAGAAUACUGAUCAUCGAAACAUAUUUACAAUCUAACUAUUCGGUGAAAUUUUAUGGGAAUGAAACAAAUCUUGGAGCCCAAUUCCCACUCAGUUUUUGUCUUGCUCGUCUCAACCAUAAAUCAGCAGAAGAAUAUGUUGAAAAACUAACUGAAUGGAUGUCAAAUUUGCCAUCAGGAGCAUGGUCAAGUUGGACUGUAUGUAUAAUAUAAUAACGAAAUAAAUUAAAAUAGUCGUUUCCCAUUACCGUACAAAUGUGCAAGAUACGCAUUGGACAAAACUACAUACUGCAGGUUUUCAAAAUAUACUGGAUAUCUCAUUACCUUACUCAAAUUUAGUAGUAUAUUUGUCACAAGCCAAAAAACCUAUAACUCAGUAUUUGAAUACUCAAAGAAAUUCUUUAAAACUGUUUUGCACUUUUUAAGAAAUAAUCUUUUUCAGUGGUACCUAUUAUCAUUUCAAAACUCUUUCAACAGUAGGGGAAACUGGUUUUACCGUAGCGGCUAGUGUAGACUAGUAAUUUCUGGUACUCAACUCCAGACCUUCUGAAAACGAGACAUUGUAUUAUUCCGAAGAUUCCUUAUGGAACGACAGGAUAGAGGUACGAAAACCGAGACUGUCCUGUUCAAAAUAUUUUGUAUGGUCACACUAUAAUACAUAGGUAUCCACUAUAUAGAUGCUAUAUUUAAUUUUUUCUAUGUAAAACACAUAUUUUUGAAGUUAGAUUCUUAGUGGAGCAAUAAAUUUAUUGGUUUUACAAUGAUGUGUGUUUGUUUUUUCUGUCAUAUUGUAAUUAACUUUAUGGGUAGGAAAAAAGCUCCAAUUUUUAACAUCAACAUCUUUUCUGAUAGAAAAGUAAAUCUUGUUAGUAAUUUCAUAGAUCAAAAUGUUCAG